CUCUGGAAAAGAUUAUAGAAUGACUUCUUACAUAGUGGUGGGCGGGGUCAGUCAACCUCUAGUCACUAGUGCUACCCAGGCCAACCCGGCAACCCUGAUUACUGCCACAUCCAUUUCCAGUUUCGAGUUUCAAUCAUCCAUCCUAGUACAUGUAGCUUAAUUUCCGAAGUCAUGUAACACCCAGGAAAUCCCUGCAGAGUAAGUGAUUUUCAGAGAUGGGAAAUGUUCCAGACUCAGUUUGGGAAUUCAUUUUGACAAAUCUCAAGGAGCAGAUUCAGUACCACUAUCGUUUGAUUACGGAAGCAGAGGGUAACUCUGAGGAGCUAAGGUUAUCCAUUAACACGCUUAAUGGGUUUCUCAAGGAAUACACCAAGGAGCGUUAUCGUCAGAAUGCCUUUCUCAAGAGCAUAACUGACGAGAUAAGGCAUCAAGUGCUUGAAGCCGAAGAUAUUGUAGAGACGUAUAUUUAUUCUGUUUUGCUGCAAAAAGCUGGAAUUAGGAGCCUUCACAAGCUGGGAAAAGGCAUAGAGAAGCUUAACCAAAUGGUGAAGGAUGAUAAACUAAUAUCGGUGCCGGCUGCCCAAGGUGCUGCCAUAGUUGACAACAUGUAUGUUGGACCUCCAAAGAAGAAAGUGGAUCCCUCUGCAGGCGAAGCCAAUGUAGUUGGCUUGGAUACUGACACCAAUAUAGUAAUAGACCUUCUGAAGAAAGAAUCUGAAAAGUUUGAUCCAGAGCAGCUGAAUGUAGUCUCCAUCAUUGGUAUGUUUGGUCUUGGAAAGACUACACUAGCUAAAAAGGUCUUGAAAGAUCCCAGAAUUCAUGUUAGUUUCCCUGAUCGUGCAUUUGUCAAAGUUUCUCAAGAUUACAGCAAAACUAAAGUAUUCCAAGACAUUCUGCGUGCUUUUAUUGAUAUCACGCAGGAAAUUAAGGACAUGGAAGAUGAUCAGUUAACUAAAAAAGUUGAAGAGGAGUUGAAAAAAAGGACAUACUUGAUCGUGUUGGAUGAUAUCUGGAUCAAAGAAGCAUGGGAAGAAAUCCAGGGUGCUUUCCCCAAACAGAAAGGCAGUGUGGUUUUAAUUACUAGUCGAAUGUAUGACGUAGCUCGUUGUGCUAAUCCUUCUGGAUUUCAUCAUGAACCGUUUUGUCUAACUUCUAAGCAGAGUAAGGAGCUACUCUUGAGGAAAGCUGGUUUGAAAAGCUGUGACUUGGAUCCGGACCUGGAGGACUAUGUAUCCAAUAUUGCCAAAAAAUGUGACGGAUUGCCGCUGUCAAUAGUGGUAAUUGGUGGAAUUCUACAACGUCAGCCAGAUAGUAUACACUUGUGGGAAAAAGUGUCAAAUGGGGUUGAUGAUUAUGUUGCUAAAGAUGAAAGGCAUAGGGGUUUACUAAGACUAAGUUAUGAUAUCUUGCCUUUCUACUUGAAGCAGUGCUUUCUCUACCUAGGCGUCUUCCAUGAAGGCUCUGAGAUCCCAGCCUGGAAAAUAUUCCGAUUAUGGAUUGCCGAGGAUUUCAUAAGACCAAAUGGGAAUAUGAGUUUGGAGGAUAUAGCAGAGGAUCAUUUGGAAGACCUGGUUGCUAGGAAUUUAGUGAUGGUGGGUCAAAGGAAAACAAAUGGUCAGAUAAAGACUUGUCUUAUCCACGAUACAUUGCGCAGUUUCUGCAAGGAUGAGGCUGUAGAAGAACACCUGUUUCAAGAAACAAAAGUUGAUGAGGCUACAACUGUCAACCCAGCUUCAGGUAGUCAUCGCCGCCUCUCCAUUAAGCCAGAGUUUUUGGGACAUAUGUUCUCUCAAAAUUCUCUCGAGUACGUCCGGUCCUUUUUGAGUUUUGCCGAGGAAGAAAAACCUUUGCGUCCAAAUAAUGUCUCAUCCAUUUGUCAAAGCUUUAAGUUGCUUAGGGUGUUGGAUGUCAAAUCAAUAAUUUUCCCCAGUUUCCCUACUGAACUCUUUUUCUUGGUUCUUCUAAAGUACAUUGCCUUGUAUUUUAUGUCCGACACUCUUCCAAAGGGAAUGUCUAACCUUUCAAAGCUGCAAACUGUCAUAUUUGAAACUUCAUCUCGGAUUCUUAAAGUAGAAGAUCACAUAUGGAAGAUGUUGCAUCUGAGUCACCUGCAUACUAACUCUUCCAUACUUCUGCCACCAUCUCUUGGCAAAGAACACCAAAGUCAGUCCUCACAAGGUCAAAAACUAGAAACUCUUUGUACAAUCUCAUCGCAGUGUUGCACAGCAGAGGUCUUCCAGAGGACUCCCAAUUUGAAAAAACUGGGAAUAUGUGGGGAAAUAGACCGGCUGUUGGAGGCUAGUGGGGGAUCUUGUUUGUUUGCAGGUAUCUUGAGCUACAUACAACGUGUUCAAAAUUUGAAGUUAGUGAAUGAGGGUAGUAACUUCAGCUUAAAUGUCCUUCGAGCAGACAGCUUUCCAACAAAGCUAACAAGGCUGACUUUGAAGAAUACAAGGCUUAAAAAUGAACACAUUACCACUCUAGGAAAUCUACAGUUUCUUCAGGUGCUUAAGUUGAAGGAUACUGUAUUCCAGGAAGGGAAGCUGGAGACAAGAGAUGGAGGUUUUCGUCGUCUUAGAGUUCUGUACAUUGGUGCAACAAAUUUGUUGAAUUGGGAAUCUUCUGAGAGUCAUUUUCCAACUUUGAAAUGCCUUAUCAUCCGUGACUGCAGUCGGCUAAAGGACAUCCCAUCUGACCUUGGGAAGAUAAGAAGCCUCCAGAGGAUUGAACUGUAUGAUCCCACUCCAUCAUUGCUUGACUCAGCUACAAAAAUUGAGAUGCUAAAAUUAAGAGAAACCCAAGGUUUCAAGCUUGAGAAGCACUUUAGUGGAGGAAAACCUAACAGUGGAAUGGCCCCCGGUGCUGAUGGCAAGGAAAAGGCAACUGGGGAUAUUUUACCAACUGCAGGAGCCAUAACCAAGACAACAAGUGGAAUGGCCUCCGGUGCUGAUGGCAAGGAAAAGGCAACUGGGGAUAUUUUACCAACUGCAGGAGCCAUAAACAAGACACCAAGCGCGGAAAUUCCACCGCCACAGAGAGCCAUCUCAAAACAAUCCAUUGCACCAAAUGUGAGUGCUCAGACUACUGUCCCGAUGAAGAAAAGCGAGAAGAAAGGUUUGUUUAAUUGGUUGAAGAAAGGAAAAGAUUAAUUUAGGUACUGCUGAUUCAGAAGAGAGGACGGAGGCUUCACUAAACACCAAAAGGUCCUCGACUUUUCAUUUUCCUUGUUCCUUUUUUUUUGUCUUUUUUGGAGAAAAAUGAUAAAGCUGGCAAAAAAUAAGUGAUGAAUUGAGGGCUCUCCUCUUGUUCAUGGUCGAUCAUGCCGUUGCUGGCUCAGUCGAACUACAAAUGUAUCAAAAACCUUUUUAUGUAUCAAACGUUGAUGUUUUUAUGCAUUGGUCAUAAACCUAAGUCUCAUAUUUAUUGUUGCA